CGAUGACGAUCAAUUAUAGCCUGUCAUGAUACAGCUUUACAUUGCAGCAUCUUGAUCGAACUCAUUCCAAUUAAGCAGAUCACAGAUACAAAAACACACAAGGCCUCAUCGGCCAUUAUUGGCUGCGACACAAUGAGCUCUCGAAGCACAACGCCUGAAAAUCCACGAUCCGAUUCUAAUGAUGUUGCAAGAACGCCAACAAAAAAUUCGAAUCUUGCGGCGGAUAGUUCGCGAAACGGUGUGCAAAAAGAACCACCGAGUACUAUGAAGAAGAAAGAUUUCAAGAGGCGAUAUGGUGUUCGUAUUACCGACGAUGAGCCAAGCAUGGCUGACGCAUCUGAUAGCUUGGACGAUAGCGAAGCAGAGUUGCGACGUGUUCAGCAUGAUAUCUCUCGUGCAGACACUACGACUGGAGAUAUUUCGGUCAAUGAUUCAGGUGCAGGCGGCGCCCGCUCUGCUAUCUCGAGAAGAUCAGCCGCAGGCAUUUCACUAAAAGAUUCAGAGGCACGAAUCAAAAAGCUCGAAUCCGAAAAUAGUGAAUUACGGAUAGAAUGCGAUCUUUGGAGACAUCAAAUGCGCUCUGAUGAAGCACGAAUCAAAAUUGUCACCAUUUCAAAAGAAUUGGCGAAACAGAGGAGAAACAAUGUCGAAUAUAUGCGCUUAUUGAAAGAGCAAGACAGCUCAAUCAAAGAAAGUAGGCGUAUUCUCAAAAGAUGGGGUGAUCUAGAUCCUAAGGAAGAGGUAUCAAAGAGGCAAGAUCUAGAGAAACGGCUUGAAGAGGCUCUUGCUUUGGCAGAAAGUGAACGUCAGGAACGUCUACGGGUAGAAGAGGAGCUUGAAGAAGCGCGCAAUGCAUCUAUUGGCGAGAAAAGCAUGGCAGACAAUACACAAGUAGUGCAACUACGUCAACUUCUUAAUGACCAACGUGAUGAUCAUGCUGAGGAGCUUUAUACGUUGCAACGUGAGAAGGACGAUCUACAAGUACAGAUCGAAGAUUUGCAAGGACAAGCGUCUCGCGGGACAACGGGAACUGAGAAAGAGGAUCUUCAUGCCGAGCUUGCAAGGAUGGAAGCUGAGAAUGAUAGCCUUACUGCGCGCAUAGACGAAUUGCAGCGAGUACGUUCUAAACAAGAAACAGAAUUAGAGGAUCUACGGUCAGAGCUUCAGCAGGUUCAAGCGGCCGAAGACUCCCGAUCGAGAGAGCUAGAAGUCGCACAAAGAAGAUUGGAGCAUUUAGCAGCCGAUCAGGAAGACAGUGAAGAAAGGUCAAGAAUGACAGAGGCUGUGCUAUCGGAUAAAUUCACUUCUCAAAUUGACAGACUUCGAGAUGAGCUUGCAGAGGCGAAACUAGACCUGAGUAAGAAAGAUCAACAGCUUGACGAAUUAGAGCGAUUGCGGGAGGAUGAUGACGUUCGACUUCAGGAACUUGAACUGGAGCUUGAGCGAGCUGCCAAUGCUAUCGAAGAGCGAAAUGAGGAUAUCGACAAAUUGGGCGAAGAAGCAGAUGGCCUGGAUUUGGAAUUGCAAAAGACGAAAGAAAAUCUCGAAGACGCUGACGAAGAGAUCAAAGAACUUUCUGAGAAGCUGCAAUUACGUGUUGCAGAAGUUGCGGAAGCUAAUAGAGAGCUACAAGAGAUCUCACAAAAGUUGAUGGACUCUGAAGAUGACAAUGAAGCCUUGAGACAGGAUGUUCAGGCAUUGGAGACCGAAGCACAAACACUUACCGACCAACUUCAAGAGCUACAAGAAAGAAGCGAGAGAAGGGAGCUCGCAUACAAAGAGCGUCUUGGGCAGACGGAACAGCUCAAGGUCGAAAUCCAGAGUCAAUUGGAUGCGAUCGAAAAGGACUAUCAAAAUGCAGCAGAAGAUUCCCGGGUACUCGGACGAGAUGUCGAUUCAUUGCAACAGGAAAAGAAGGAUCUUCAGCUUGAACUCGAGAAAGUCUACGCUAAAUUGGAUGAUGCUAUCGAGGAUUUGAAGGAAGAGGAGAAGCGGAGAGAGAUGCUGGAGGAAGAGAUGGAACGUAAAUUGGAAUCAGAAGAGACCAAAUGGACUCGACUCGUCGAUGAGAAGGAAGACGCAAUCGCUAGUAUCGAAAAAGAACUCGAAAGCUUACAAGAGAGUCUGGCCAACAGCAAGGGUGAUGUUGAUAAAUUGCAAGAUGCUCUGCGUGACAAGGAGAACGAGAGUGUACGAUUAGGUCAAACUCACUCUAGUGACCGAUACUCACUAGAACUAGAGAUCGAUAGACUCAAGAGAGAUCUUGGCCGAUGUGAAGCUGACUUGGAGCGUUCGCGCAAGGAGUUCGAACGAAAGGACGAUGCAUUGCGAGAGAAGGAAGGAAAACUCAACGUUCUUCAUGAUCAAAUUCGGGAGAUGUCGAGCAAACUUGCAGCCGAAAGUCAAACCAAACUUGGUUUGGAAGAGAGGAUCGAAGCGCAAAACAAGCACAUGUCCGAAGCCGAACGUCAAGUGGACGAGUACCGCGCAAAGAUGGAAGAGUAUGAACGUGAGGCAAAUAUGGGUGAACGCAGCUUGAUGGAAGCGGAAGCCGGUAUGAAAACUCAAUUGAUCGAACGCAAUACCCUCCUUUUGACCAUUUACCAAAGAAUGGAGAAAAUCUUGGGAAGCGCUACGCCACGCAAACGAGGUGAAGGUGACGUAAAACCGUUCACCAAUUUUGCCGUCUUCCAUGACAGUAUGAUAAGUAGAUUGCGUAAGGUCUCAGAAUUGCAGGUGCAAUUCGAACAAAAAUCCAAAGCGAUCGAAGAAAGAUUUGUAGAGAAGUUCUCAGCUUUGAAACGACAACAAGAAUCUAGAUUCCGUCGAAUCGAUCAAUUUGAAUCGUCGAUCAAAAAGGCUACAGACAGACAAUCGCAGUGGAGUGCAAGAUUGAACACCAAACAAAGCGAGAUGGACGCUAUGAAAUCUACCAAUGCGGAAUUACAGAUUCAAAUUGCUUCUUUGAAGACCCGAUCUAAUCUCUCUUCGCCUGCCGAUGCAAGCAAGAUCAAUGCUCUUACUGCCAGAGCAAAUAAUGCAGAGAGAAGGUUGAAUGCGGCAUUGAAUCAAUCUCAAAUGGCAGAAGAAAGAUUGACGGACGCAAAGAGUAAAUAUGCCGAAGCAGAAGGCAAAUGGGCUGCCAGAUUCAAAGAAGUGGAGAGCAGAUGCAAGGCAGCGGAAGAACGAGUGAAACGUGAAAGGCAAGGGGCCAAAGAAAGAGUUGUAGGAUUGGAAGAACAACUUCAAAGGGCGCAAAAAACACUCGAAGAAGAGAAGAAGAGAGCAAAAGUUUUGGAGAAUUUCAAGGCUACCUGAUAGUCAUUUUAUAACAAACUUUUUUGUACCUUCUUUUAAUCUGUUCAUAUUGUAUACCAUUAUAUUUGUAAUACCUUUUUUUCGUGAGAGCGAGGUUGCCCG